AAUCAAUCUCAUCAAAUUGAGGAAUAUUUCUUACAGCAUUUCAAUUAAGGUGUUUUCGUAAAUUAGUUGGCGCAGCGCGUGUUGACUUUCCCCUUUUCACCGCUACACGUGCAGGCUUAAACGAGUCAACAUUCACGAUGAUUCGCUUCAUUUUGAUACAGAAUCGCGCUGGAAAAACGCGGCUUGCAAAAUGGUACAUGAACUUUGACGAUGACGAAAAGCAAAAGCUAAUCGAAGAAGUGCACGCCGUGGUGACGGUACGGGACGCGAAACACACAAAUUUUGUCGAGUUCCGGAACUUCAAGAUCGUGUACCGUCGUUAUGCGGGUCUGUACUUUUGCAUCUGCGUUGACGUGAACGACAAUAAUCUAUGCUAUCUAGAAGCAAUUCACAACUUUGUCGAGGUUCUGAACGAGUACUUCCACAAUGUAUGCGAGCUGGACCUGGUGUUUAACUUCUAUAAGGUGUACACAGUAGUGGACGAGAUGUUUCUGGCGGGCGAAAUUCGCGAAACGUCCCAGACGAAGGUCCUCAAACAGUUGUUGACGUUGAACUCGCUAGAGUAAAGCUGUAUCGUCCGCGAUGCCGCUCAUAGGUAUUAAUUGUUGACCGCUACUUCUCCUCGUCCGGCUAUUUAAUUCUUUGUGGACGUGGAACCACAACGGCGGAGACGCUACCGUUACGCAAGGGCAAGAUCGAUUAACAAAACAAGUAGCUCGGUGGCACAAAAAUGCAUCUUCAGAACUGACAGCAGCAUUCCAAAAGACGUUUAAGUUUUGGCCAAGGACGGAUGUUGUCGAACAACUCGUGUAUGCCAUAUUUGAGGGAACCGCUUCAUAAAAGCUGCCCCCGUUUCCACGCUAAUCUGUUCAGCGUUAGCUCGGUGGUAGGGGUAUCAUCCCUAUCGCCGCUACAUACACUCACUACACGGCGGAGCGAACGCCACUCGAACGCUAAUCAACCUGUAUGAUAAACGCCUCGCGGGAGCAGACAUCCAUUACACAUAUUCAUACAACUACAAUAUUCGUGUAAAGAAUACCGAGGGAAAGCUUCGGUUCACUCCUAGGGUGGUGUCCAGUCACCGGUUAUUGCUAGGAACAGAAUCAAAACCAGACGAUGGUCUUGCGGCAACCAACGCGUGGUGCAUGCUGCACGAAACUCACCAAAAGUAAUGGUUUAAAUUAAUUGAAAGCAUUAACUAUAAAGAGAAAUAAGGGAAAUAUUAUAGUAAUAUAACUAUUAUGAUAUAUUAUCGAAAAUGAUCUGCAUUGCGUAGUAAUCGAAUAAACGAA